AUGUCCGACACCCCCGGAUCAGACCUGAACCAUCCGAUCCUCAACCUCACCCCGGAAGAGACCCGAGUCUUCAAGCAGCUGUUUGCCCAAGCUGAUACCGAGAAGCUGGGUGUUGUCACCGGCGAGGUCGCCGUCAAGUUCUUCGAGCGCACGAAGCUUGCGCCGGCCAUCCUGGGGGAGAUAUGGCAGAUAGCAGACACUGAGAAUCGAGGUCUAUUGACUUCCUCGGGCUUCUGCAUGGUCCUUCGCUUGAUCGGCCAUUACCAGGCUGGGAGGGACCCAACACCAGAGCUCGCUUUCAGACCUGGACCUCUACCCAAGUUCGAUGGCUUGACCCUCCCUACGCUACCGAAUCCCCCAGCAGCUUUCCCUGCGCCUCCAGCUGGCAUCCAACCUCAGAUGAGCGGAGGCCCUAUCCGUGUACCUCCCCUUCCACCAGUGAAGGCUGCCGAAUAUGCCGCGUUAUUCGAGCAGUCGGGCGCCCAAGGCGGAAUCCUUCCAGGCGAGACGGCCAAAAACAUCUUCGAGAAGGCUAAACUACCAAACGAGAUUCUAGGCCGUAUAUGGAACCUGGCGGACACGGAGCAACGCGGCGCGCUUGGGGUAACUGAAUUCAUCAUCGCCAUGCAUUUGCUGGCGUCGUAUAAAACAGGUGCUCUCAAGGCACUGCCGACGAAUCUUCCGGCUGGCCUUUACGAAGCUGCCUCUCGAAGAGGUCCAACGAUUCCUCCCCCACCGCCAGGCCGACCGCGACCUGAUGAAUCUCUAGCAGGCAUUCCACGCCAAUUCAGUGGAGCACGGCAGCAACGUAAUCAAAGCCCGAUGACCGGAGCUCCCUACGGUACUCCGCCUCAAUCUGUACAUUCCACGGGUGGGGAUUGGUUAAUAUCUAUUCAAGAAAAGGCAUCCUAUGACAAUUUGUUCAACAAGGUCGAUACUGUUGGACGAGGGUUCAUAACUGGAGAGCAGGCAGUGCAGUUCUUCAGCGAUUCCGGACUGCCAGAGGACAUCCUAGCCGCUAUUUGGGAUCUUGCAGACAUCAACUCCGAGGGGCAGCUGAAUAGGGACGAGUUUGCAGUGGCCAUGUACCUCAUCCGACAACAAAGGAAGCCCGGAAUCAGCUUGCCCUCAGCUUUGCCCGCUAACUUGGUACCUCCUAGUAUGCGCAACCAAAUUCGACCUCCGGGUCAACCGACGGCGCCCGCUUUUGAUAAUGCUGCUCACUCUUCUAAUCUGCCAAAGUCCGCUGCCGAGGACCUCUUUGGCCUUGAUGCGUUCACAUCUCCGCCUCCGAUCCAAACCCAGCAAUCAACUGGCGGUUCUAAUACUUUUAACAAGCCAUUCGAGGCGGAUCCGUUUGGCAGCAAGCCGACUUCUCCAUCAUCACCUCAAACUUUCCAGCCUUCGCCCCGGAAUCCUGCGUCGACGUUCAAGCCAUUCAUUCCGUCUUCCUCGUUUGGGCAGUCCCUCGCGACCCACUCGACAGGUGCAUCGGGGAGCUCGAACUUGGCCCAACCUCGAGGCAAUCAAUCGCACCAACCAUCAGCAAUGGAUGAUUUGCUUGGCGACAAUGACCCAGAAAUUAGUAAGAAGUUGACGCAAGAGACCACAGAGCUCGCGAACAUGUCGAACCAAAUCGGAACCCUGAGGACUCAAAUGCAGGAAGUUCAAAGCAAGAAGACCACGACCGAGAACGACAUCAACAGCGCAAGCACUCAGAAACGUGACCUGGAAAUCCGCCUUUCGCAAUUCAGGAGCCAGUAUGAACAGGAAGUCAAGGCCGUCAAAGCAUUGGAAGAACGUCUGACUGCCUCUCGCAACGAAACACGAAAAUUGCAGCAGGAUUAUGCUAUGAUCGAGGGAACCUACCAGGACUUGCAGAACCAGCACCGCCAGGUCGCAACUGCUUUAGACGCUGAUCAGCGUGAAAACGCUAAUCUCAAGGAGAGAAUCCGGCAAGUCAAUGGUGAAAUCAGCCAGCUUCGACCUCAGCUUGAGAAGAUGCGAACCGAUGCGCGGCAGCAGAAGGGAAUGGUGUCGAUCAACAAGAAGCAAUUGUCUACCAAUGAGGGCGAGCGGGAUAAGGUCAAGUCUGAGAUGAACGACCUGACGAAGGCUGCACAGGAAGCUUACCGAAGUCCUCAACCCGCGCCCCAGGAGCAACGAUCCAACGUUGUCAGCCCAGCUGCAUCUGUAGCGAGCCAGAACACCAAUCCGUUCUUCAGGAAGCCUCCCCAGCCUACUGAAAACGCAAUGUCUCCAUCUGGCUUCACUCGCACACAAUCGAAACCCAGCAAAGACUUCGACAAUGUCUUCGGUCCCUCCUUUGCUGCCUCUCCCUCGAUUGCUGCUCCGCCACAAACGUCUUUCCGUCAGGAUAGCCAAAGCAACGUUCCGACGUUCUCUGCGCCUUCUGGGCAGUCUGUGCGUUCCUCAGAAGGCCCCGAUGUACCAACGCCCUCCACUUCGCCACCACUUUCCGCCUACCAGGAAUCGCCACGGGCUGGCGAGCCACCUGCACCGCCAGAGUCUCGCCAAUUUGCGUCUAGUUUUUUGCCUCUCCGUGACGGAGUGCCGAGGUCUGAUUCGUUUAGUUCCUCGGUCAAGGUUUCAGCUCCUGCGAGCAGAUAUGGUGGUCCGGCUGGCAACGAAACACCAACUAUCGCAAGCGGGUCCCCUUCGGCAACCCCUGUGCAAGAGAAGGGCCUUGAGAGGACAGACACAUCUAAGACGGAGACGAACACCUAUGGAUCAGUCGGGCAAUCUCUGUUCCAAGACCACAACUUCACCGCCUCCCCUGCUGCAAGCGCCACGAGUGAGGGUGCCAGGUCGGGUGGAAAGCCGGAAGAACGCAAGGACACAUACCAAAGCUUUGGGCAGCCCUCAGUGCAGAGAGAUAUCCCUGGGGCUUUCCCCGGCGACACGAACUCUCCUCUUCAAGCAGAGCCAACAGGCGAGAGCUCGUUUAGUGACCGAAGCAAGAAUAGCAACCUGCAGCAAAGCCGUUCCGAUCCAUUCGCCCCGAAUAAGGAACAACCUAAGGGCCCUGCCGCUGCAAAAGACGCUUUUGAUGCCGCGUUCGCCGGCUUUGGAGGAGGAUCACGUCAGUUUCAAGAGAAGCAGCACACUGGUUCAUCGAUCAACGGAUCUGUGGAUUCUGCGAACAAGUUCAAUCAAGAAUUCCCACCCAUCGAAGACAUUGGCCAUGAUGAUGAGAGCGAUAGCAAUAGCGAGACAGGGUUUGCGGAUAACUUUACGUCUGCGUCACCCCAGCAAAAUCGCCAAAACCAAAAUCAAGGAUCUACUCAGUCCAGACCAAGCACAAGCGCGACUGGGGCUGAUGCAGCCAACGACUUUUUCGGGUCGACUAGGCCGUCAGCUAUCACUCAAGACUCCACAGCGACCCUACCUACCCCUGGCGCCCAGAAGUCUCCCCCAACGUACGACCAGACUAUGGCUCCGUCGAGAAGCGGGACAAGAGAUUCGAACCAAUUCCCGCCUGAGUUUGGUGGUCUUCUUCCUUCCCGUACCGACCCUAUUUCCUCUCCACCACAGCCUUCGCAGUCUCCGGAGAAGAGCUUUAGUAAUCCUUCAGCCGGUGGGCAAGGAGGCGCGCUUUUCGGUGGCGGUUCUACCUCUAAGGCGACCUCAUCUGCACCAACAACUGCGUUCUCUGCAUCGCCACCCCCAGCUGACACACCAGUCUCAACCGUCCCAUCCGAUGCUUACCACUCUGCCACCUCUUACCCAAGUGGUGGUGACAACAAGGGCCCGUCACCCAUCGCCCACCCUCCCCAGAUCUCGAAGCCCUCUUUCAACGAUGACUUUGAUUCCGGCUUCGACGACCUGUCCGAAGCGAAAGAGGCGGACGACAAGACGGACGAUGACUUCAUGCUCGGCUCGCACCACCGCGACGGCCUGGACGAGUUCAAUCCCGUCUUCGACUCCCCUGCGGCGUCCAAGUCUAACACGAUGCAAUCGCAACAAACGCCCACUGGUAAGCCGGGCCACAGCGGCGAGAACAGCUUCAGCGACUUCGAGCACCUCUCGCAGAGCUUUGGGCAAGCUGGAUCGCAAUCUCUAUCCCAAUCCCAACAAGCGCCUCAGCAACCCCAGGCCAAGCAAAGCCAGGACUGGGACGCCAUCUUUUCGAGCCUCGACGCGCCACCGAACGAGAAGGCGCUCGGGCAAGGGGAGCAACCGGGCAAGUCCGUGUUUGACACGUUUGGUGUCGGCGCGGAGGACGCUUCGAGUUCUGGGGCGCAGUCCAAGCAGCCUCAGAUGCCGCAGCUUGGGCGGGCGCUCAGCGCAGGUACUGAACACGACGAUCCUAUCUUGAAGAAGCUGACGGGUAUGGGGUAUCCCAGAGAGCAAGCACUAGGGGCGCUUGAGAAGUUUGACUAUGACAUCAAUAUGGCGGCGGAUUAUCUGACCUCGGGUCAAUGA